GGUGACUGACGCCGUAUAAAUGGCUGGCCUGCCCAAUCCCACCAUUCAAGGACGGAACGAAGGAGCCACCUGCCAUUCCCCGUCCACCCAGCCAGCGGCAACUUCUCCUCCGACGCGGCGCGCUUGCUCCCCGCGCGCCCGCAUCUCGAUCGCCACUGGUGUACUGUUGAAGAAGCAAGAGAAUCAUCCUAUUUGUCAUGGCGGGAACUGACUCUUCGGCGUCAUCGAGACAAAGCAGUUUUAACUCUUUAGCAAAGGACCUAGAACUUCCUCUAGAGCAAGGGUGCCUCUCUAUCAUUGUACUUGGGGCUUCUGGAGACCUUGCCAAGAAGAAAACCUUCCCAGCACUGUACCACCUUUUUGAGCAGGGGUUUAUACAAGCUGGUGAAGUGCAUAUAUUUGGGUACGCGAGAUCAAAUCUUUCUGACGAGGGGUUGAGAGAACGCAUCCGUGGAUACCUCAAAGGAGCCUCAGAGGAACAUCUUACAGAAUUCUUGCAACUGAUAAAAUAUGUUAGUGGUUCCUAUGACAGCGGGGAAGGAUUUGAUAAAUUGAACAAGGAAAUAUCGGAGGUAGAGAUGUCAAACAAAUCGGGAAGCUCUCGCAGGCUCUUUUAUUUGGCAUUGCCUCCAUCAGUCUACCCUUCAGUGUGCAAAAUGAUACGAACAUAUUGCAUGAAUCCAACUUCUCGUGCUGGAUGGACUAGAGUAAUUGUUGAGAAGCCAUUUGGAAAGGACCUGGACUCUGCAGAAGAAUUAAGUUCCCAACUUGGGGAGCUAUUCGAGGAAGAUCAGCUCUAUAGGAUUGACCACUACUUGGGAAAAGAGUUGGUCCAAAACUUGCUAGUGCUUCGUUUUGCGAACCGUUUGUUCUUGCCUCUUUGGAACCGUGACAAUGUUGAUAAUAUACAGAUUGUAUUCAGAGAGGACUUCGGAACUGAUGGGCGUGGGGGAUAUUUUGAUCAAUAUGGAAUCAUUCGUGAUAUCAUUCAGAACCAUUUGUUGCAGGUUUUCUGUUUGGUUGCAAUGGAAAAGCCUGUAUCUCUUAAGCCCGAGCACAUUAGAGAUGAAAAAGUCAAGGUUCUGCAAUCUGUGAACCCGAUAAAGGACGAAGAGGUAGUCCUUGGACAAUAUCAGGGCUACAAGGAUGAUCCUACAGUGCCAGAUGACUCCAAUACCCCAACAUUUGCAUCUAUUGUACUUCGGGUACACAACGAAAGAUGGGAAGGUGUUCCUUUCAUCCUUAAAGCUGGUAAAGCAUUGAACUCAAGGAAAGCGGAAAUUCGUGUGCAGUUCAAGGAUGUUCCUGGUGACAUUUUCAGAUGUAAGAAGCAAGGACGAAAUGAGUUUGUCAUACGCCUCCAGCCAUCAGAAGCCAUGUACAUGAAACUAACUGUGAAGAAACCUGGAUUAGAAAUGGCUACUGAACAGAGUGAACUUGAUCUGUCAUAUGGGAUGCGGUACCAAAAUGUCACUAUUCCAGAGGCAUACGAACGCCUCAUUUUGGAUACGAUAAGAGGAGACCAGCAACACUUUGUGCGCCGAGAUGAGUUGAAGGCUGCCUGGCAGAUCUUCACUCCCUUGUUGCAUGACAUCGACGCGGGGAAGCUGAAGUCUGUUUCAUAUCAGCCUGGUAGCCGAGGCCCCAAGGAAGCUGAUGAACUGAGUGAGAAGGUCGGGUAUAUGCAGACCCACGGUUACAUAUGGAUACCACCCACCCUUGCAUAGAGUGCCUCCAUUCAAAUCCUAGUAGGUAUCAUUUAGAUAGGAAGAGUGGAACUUUCACGGAUAAUGUUACGAGCUUUCCCUGUAACCCCGAUUACCUGGCGUUGUAAUAACAGAUCUGCUUGGCCAAAUAUAACCCACUAUGGUGUGAAAUAAAAAGAAAUGCAGUGUUCCAAUAA